CUAGAUAUAGUGUAUGUUACAAUUUCCCUAUGACGAGAAAUGUUAAUUAUACCGGGACAACAAUGAGUUUAAAUUGGUAUUCAAGAAUAAAUAAUUAUAAUCCAAAUCAAAUUCGUGCAUUAACAUGUAACGAUGAGUAUAACAAUAAAAUUACUGUGACACAUUUUAGUGAUAAGGGAUAGGUUAUGUCUUCGAAAGAUUCUUGCUCUGGCAUUUCCGACGUUUCAGAUUGCAUAUACACUUUUACACGAUGGACGGAAUAGGAUUGUUUAAAACUUUUCUUCAAGGUCAUCAGCCUCAGUUAGAAUCAUCUAAUGUGCCAAGAUUGUUCUGGGAGAGUUUGUUUAAAAAACUACAGUAUCAGACAUUUGAUUCAGAUCUUGCAUUUCAACUAAUACGUAUUGAUUAUGGUGAUGACAACAAAGACCCAUUGGAUCCUGUUUGGAAGCUCUUCGUUUCUUCCGAUAAAGGUAUUCAUGCUAAUGAUCCAAAUAAUAUUUAUUUGAUAGAUCAUGCGUGGGUUUAUGAUACCAAUAGUGCCAGACAGAAUUUAUCAAAUGUACCAGGUCUCUUGGAUCGUAUGUGUAUAUUAAUGGGUUUUGACGUAGAAGGAAAGCAAGAUGAAAAGAUAGAUUUUGUAAUCAAUGAAAUGUGGAGGUACAAUCAGUCGUAUUCUCUCAGUAGUGGUUCUGUGGAAGACAGAAUGCCGAUAUGGUAUAUCAUGGAUGAAGUAGGUUCAGCUAUAAACCAUAGCGAUACUCCCAACUUCAGAACUGUGCCUUUCUUAUAUUUACCAGAAGGGGUCACCUAUACUUUAUUAUUUCCCAUCGAAGAUGUGGAAAAGGGAGAAGAAGUCACUAGAGACUUUGUUGAAGGUCAAACCAAUGAUCCAAGAAAAAGGGAAGCAUUAUUGCUACCAUGGAAAAAUGAAUGUUUCCUAAAUGAAAACUUUGUGCAAAUAGAGCCGGACGAAAGUUACUUUCUCAGCGGUCACAUUCUAGAAAGCUUACCGGAAGAUUUAAAUCCCGAAGCUCUUUUAAGGGACAGAAGCUCGAAGCUAAAGGUUUAUUCACAGUAUUCAUUCGUAAACGAAUACUUAAAUGACCCAGCAUUUGAGAUAACAGACAACGAAGCAGAGGCCGACAUUCUGUGGUAUACUUUCCAUUUUAAGGAAUUUAAAGAGCUAGCAAAUAAUUCUCCACAUGUUUUCGUAAACCAAUUUCCAUUCGAACAUGUUGUGACCAUAAAGGAUCUAUUGUCUAUCGUCUGUAGAAGAAAAGCAAGCCAGGAACCGGACUCGGAGAAUUUACAGUCCAACCCGAUCUGGUUGCCAACUACUUACAAUCUAAGCACAGAGCUGGUGCAAUUUGUCGCCUAUUUUGAGAACAGACGAAUGUUAAACAUGGACAACCACUGGAUCUGUAAACCAUGGAAUCUAGCCAGAGGUUUAGAUACUCACGUAACUCAGAAUUUGUUCCACAUUCUCCGGUUGCCCAGCACGGGACCAAAGAUUGCCCAAAAGUACAUUGCAGACCCGGUCUUGUACGAGAGACCGGAAAUCGGCAAAGUCAAGUUCGACGUGCGCUACGUCGUGAUGCUGAAAUCUGUGAAGCCGCUCAAAGUAUUCGCUUACAAGAAUUUCUUCCUGAGAUUUGCAAACAAGGAAUUUGCCUUAAAUAACUUCGAUCAGUACGAACAACACUUUACUGUGAUGAACUACUCAGAGGAUUCUCCCCUCUGCCAUCUGAAGUGCGCGGACUUCAUUCUCGAAUGGGAGAGGCAAUACCCAGAAUUCCCUUGGAGAGACCAGGUCGAGCCGAAGAUCUUCCAAAUGCUGAGGGAGGUUUUCGAGGCUGCAGUAUCGGUAAAUCCACCGAAGGGGAUCGCAGAAAAUCCUCAGAGCAGAGCCGUGUAUGCGGCGGAUCUGAUGUUAGAGUGGGGAAAAGAUAAGUUGGGCCGAAGAGCCGGUGUGCAACCGAUUCUUCUGGAGAUCAACUUUUCGCCAGACUGCAAAAGGGCCUGCGAGUACUACCCCAAUUUCUACAACGAUAUCUUUAAAUGCUUUUUCCUGGACGAUGUUAAUCCCGAAGAAAUUCAUGACCUCUGUCCCGACUCCCAUUAAAUUCCGUAUAUAGCUCGGAAUGAUUUAAACGUAGACCUAAUCGAUUUGGAUCAAAUCUGGUGGCACGAUAGCUUCAUCUGAAGAGCCACUGCGAUUGUAGCCUUGGUUGGUCGAAACUCUUUAAUAAUUGGAUACUGUGUUAUGAUUCAGAAGAAGAUAGUAGAUUAUAUUACAUUAUUCAGAAUGCUUAUUAUUAGUAUGCCCAUUAUUCAAAUUGCUAGGGUUGAAGUAUUGAAACGUUCCUAACAAUUUUAACUUACAGACUCUUAAGACUUUGAGAACGAAUGCUGCCAUAUUGGCGACAUUGGGUUCACUCUGAAAUUGAAAACAGCUAAUUUAAAUGCUUACAUAUCAAGGGACCAGUAUAUUUUUUAUUUGUUCAGUAUUUAAGAUUUUGACCUAGUUCUUUGAUGAAAUGGGGAAGUGAUAGCGAAGGCAUUUUUCUGAAAACACGCUGGCCGGUCGAGGCUGCAAUAAUGGUUGCAUUUGCUAUGGACGUAGACGUAUCGUGCCACGAAAUUUCAUUGAAAUCGUACGGGGGCCACGACUGGAGCAACCCCAUAAGGGGAAAUGCGGAUAGCUUAAGCACCAGUCGGUGCUAUAAAUAUCGAGAAACUAUUAACGAUCGUUCCGUGGUCAGCGCCGCGGCUAUAAUGCACUUAUUUAUUCAAAAACCGACGGCGUCUGGCAUUUCGUAUGCGAUAAUGAGCAGAAGUAGCCCCAGUAAAUCUGCAUGCGCGAACGUUAAGGGCACGUUUGCCCCGUAAAUAAUGCGCGGUUCCCAUAACUUGACGCUGCAACGGGAAGACUACCGGUGCUACCUAAUGGAAUAAUAAACGAGGGAGCAAUUGGAACAGUUUCAUGAUGUCGGCCCACUUCGGUCACCGUGUAAUGCACCCUUCUAAUGCACGAUCGUAUGCUUAAUGCAAAAAGAAGCAAGCCGGCGACCGUGCAUCACUGCACCUCCAUUAUUCCGGUUAAUAUGGCCAUGAACCGGCGGGCCCGACCGAGAAAAUGCUCGGCUAAUGAGACACACGAAUAAUAAAGGUUCCCUCGUGUCAUCUUCGUAUAGGGUUAUAUCGCUUCUGACGAAAAAGCUGCAUUUCUAAUAAAGAUUCGUAUCACCCAGCUGUGUAUUGUUGUUUCUCUCUUCGUUUAUAUAUAACUCCUCAUCGCUUCGUUGUAGCUCUUCAUUUCAUUACAAUUAAAAAUCUUUUGCAUAAAUAAAAGAAGCUAGCAGAAAUUUA